GGCGUCCAAACGGCAAACUGUUCUAUUUCCCGUUUUUGUUUCUUCUCGACCAGUAGACCACCACUCUAUCGCCGCCUUAAUCUGAAUAAUCAAUUCCAGAAACCCUCGUUAAUCCAUUCUUCAUUGAUCUUCCUGUGAGAUUCAUUUCGAAAUAUUCUUCUAAUUUAAUAACUAAAUUAGGGAAUAAUAAUAAUUAUAAAUUAUAAUAAUUAUAAAUUAAAAUUUGUGCUUGUGAAGCACGCAUUGUAAUUCUACUUGACUGCAGCUACUUGUUCGAAGAUUCUUGUGCCUAAAUCCCUAAUCUGUUCUUCACCAUGCCGACGAAAUUAUCGGAGAACUCAGAGAAUGCAGUUGAACUUUUCCUGAAAAUUGGAUUGGAUGAGAGGGUUGCUCAUAAUACUAUUGCCAAUUCUAAGGUUACCAGUAAUCUUUUGGCUGUAAUUCAUGAGGCUGGUGUUACUGAUGGAUGCAACCGGACUAUUGGUAAUCUUCUUUACACGGUUGCAACAAAGUUCCCCACAAAUGCUCUUGUGCAUAGGCCGGUAGUAGCUGAAUACAUCGUGUCUUCGAAGAUUAAAACACCAGCUCAAUUGGAAGCAGCUUUUACAUUCUUCUCAAGUAUUGGUUCUGAAAAUUUUAACUGCAGUGACUUUGAAAAAGCUUGUGGAGUUGGUAUUGAAGUUUCCAAUGAAGAGAUUGAGCGUACUGUUGGUGAAAUAUUUGAGGAGAGUAAAACACUGAUUUUGGAGCAACGAUAUAAAACAAAUGUUGGGGACUUAUUUCGACGUGUUCGAGAGAGACAGGCAUGGGCUGAUCCAAAGAUUGUGAAGCAAGUAGUAGAUACAAAGCUAAAGGAGUUAUUAGGUGAAAGAACUGCAGCAGAUGAUGAAAAGCCAGUCAAAAAGAAAAAGGAAAAGCCUUCCAAAGUUGAGGAUCAAGUUGCAGCAGUUUCAGUAGCUCCUUUGCAGCUAUCUGAAGAAGAACUUAACCCAUUCUCUAUCUUUCCAUCACCAGAGGAAAAUAUUAAGGUCCAUACUGAAGUUUUCUUCAGUGAUGGUUCAAUUCUUAGAGCUUGCAAUACCAGGGAGAUUCUUGAGAAGCAUUUGAAGGUGACGGGGGGAAAGGUCUUUACCCGCUUUCCACCUGAGCCGAAUGGAUACCUUCAUAUUGGUCAUGCUAAGGCUAUGUUUGUUGAUUUUGGAUUGGCGAAAGACAGAGGUGGAUACUGCUAUCUAAGGUUUGAUGAUACAAAUCCAGAGGCUGAAAAACAAGAGUACAUCGACCACAUCAAAGAUAUAGUCAGAUGGAUGGGAUGGGAACCAUUCAAGGUAACCUACACAAGUGAUUAUUUCCAAGAUUUGUACGAUUUAGCUGUUGAACUCAUUAAGCGGGGUCAUGCGUAUGUUGAUCAUCAGUCUGCUGAUGAGAUAAAGGAGUACAGAGAGAAAAAGAUGAACGGUCCUUGGAGAGACAGACCUGUGGAAGAAUCUUUGAAACUUUUUGAGGAAAUGAGAAGGGGGAUGAUUGAGGAAGGGAAGGCAACACUGAGGAUGAAACAAGACAUGCAGAGCGACAACUUUAAUAUGUAUGACCUCAUUGCAUACAGAAUCAAGUUUGCCCGACAUCCUAAAGCAGGAGAUAAAUGGUGUAUUUACCCUAGCUAUGAUUUUGCGCAUUGCACUGUUGAUUCUCUGGAAAAUAUAACCCACUCACUUUGCACACUCGAAUUUGAGACAAGGCGGGCUUCCUAUUAUUGGUUAUUACAUGCACUUGACCUGUAUAUGCCUCAUGUUUGGGAGUAUUCACGGUUGAACGUUACAAAUACGGUGAUGUCAAAGCGCAAACUUAAUCGCCUUGUCACGGAAAAGUAUGUGGAUGGUUGGGACGAUCCGCGAUUGAUGACACUUGCUGGUUUGCGCCGUAGGGGUUUGUCACCAACAGCUAUAAAUGCUUUUGUUAGGGGUAUUGGGAUCACUAGAAGUGAUAAUAGCUUGAUCCGGUUAGAUCGCCUUGAGUAUCACGUAAGAGAAGAGCUAAAUAAAAUGGCUGCUCGCACAAUGGUUGUCUUACAUCCACUAAAGGUUGUUAUCACUAAUUUAGAAGCUGGUAGAGUAAUUGAACUUGAUGCAAAGAAGUGGCCAGAUGCUCAGACCAAUGAUACCUCAGCAUUAUACAAGGUACCUUUUUCCAAUGUGGUUUACAUUGAAAGUUCUGAUUUUCGAAUGAAGGAUUCAAAGGAUUAUUAUGGUUUGGCUCCUGGAAAAUCUGUCUUAUUGAGAUAUGCGUAUCCCAUUCGAUGCACUGAUGUGAUCUUUGGGGAGGACGAUGAAACAGUUGUAGAAAUUCGGGUGGAGUAUGAUUCUGAAAAGAAAACAAAGCCCAAGGGUGUCCUCCAUUGGGUUGCUGAGCCUUCUCCAGGUGUUGAUCCACUGAGAGUGGAGGUCAGACUCUUCGAUAAACUGUUCAAAUCUGAGAAUCCGGCUGAACUUGAUGAUUGGCUUGGAGAUUUAAACCCCAACUCCAAGAUUGUCAUAUCUGAUGCAUAUGCUGUUUCCGCUCUUCGAGAGGCUGUACUGGGCGACCGAUUUCAAUUCGAACGUCUCGGUUAUUUUUCUGUUGAUAAGGACUCCACACCUGAGAAAUUGGUAUUCAAUCGAACAGUGACAUUAAGAGACACCUAUACCAAAGGGGGCAAAUAGCCAGGUUUACCUUUUUAAGUUUUGAACUUAAACUUUUUGUUGAAUUAGAUUUUUGGAUUAAUUUUUGUAUGAUUUGAUACUUUAAAGCCUAAAAGGGUAAAAAAAAAAAAAAGAAUUGCUUGUAACAACUACAUCUCUCUUUCUACACAAUUGUUGAGAAUCAAUCAGUGUUCAUGUGUUCUUGCUUAUCGACAUUGUGAAACAUUGAUAAUGGAUAAUAAUACUUUUUCUCUCCCUUUGAAUUCGCUACAA